AUGCCUAACUUAACAAGCAAGAUGAAACACAAGUUGUCUCCGAUAAGGAAUCAAGCAACAACAUCAAAGAAAUUGUCCUUCACACCUUUAUCGAGAGCAACAACAUCAAGGAGAUUUCCCUUCACAUCUUUACCCAAAGAGAGACAAUUAAAAGUUCCAAAAUUAGAGACUAAAGAAGAUAAGAUAAUAUCUAAGUUUGUUGAGACCAACUUCGUAACCACCCAAGAAAUGAAACUCCAACCUAUAGAAGAACAUGUUUUAUAUUAUGUUUUUCAUGCUAAGAAUGAUCCCAAUGAGGAAUUGUUCAAGAUUGAAACUCUAACAUGCUUAAGAAAUAAUUUUCAAACUCUGUGUCUGGGAAGGAUAAUUGACACUGAGAUCAUUCACAUUAUGUCUCUUAAGAUAACUUGGAUUGAGAGGAAUGUUGCACUCCCGUCUAUAUGGUCACUUCCCAUCGUUCGUGAGAGACGUAUAUCGUGGUACAACAAUUGA